AUGAUGGGAUUAUCUGGCGUUCAAAGCCGCGGAGGCAAGUUCAGCUGGUUGGCCUCCAUGGGCUUGUAUCAAGAAAUGCUGGCACUCAAAGACCAGGCCAAGGGUACGGGCCUUGCACCCCAAUUUUCAAACCUUGCCUUUCUCAACGGACCUGCCCAUCCCAAGCUUCACACGCACUGGCCAGUGCUGCAGGAUGUGACGGUGCGGCACACACCUACUUUCAAGGCGUUUGAUGUGCUGGCCAAAGGUGACUUUCCUGCGCUUGUAUUUACACCAGAGGAACAAAGUGGUGGUUCUGCGCGCUCCAUCUCCAUCGCCACCAUAACGCUUCCACCCGCUGUGCCAGAAGUGCUCCACUUGCCAGUCGAAGAGGCCCACGCAUGCGCGCACAUGGUCAGGAGUCUUGGAUGGAUUGCGAUUGCAAAGCAUCACAGGGCUUUUGUGCGCCCAAAAGGAGGAGAGUGGGUUCAAACAUCGUCUCCCAGUACAAAGGUGCUCCUGCAGCGUCUCGGCAUCAGCGGGACACUCUACAAUCCAUUUGGUGAUGGGCACUGCGGCUUUCGUGCCGUUGCUCGAGCCAUUACUGGUAGUGAGGACGAUCAACAAUUCAUCCGCAACCGAUGUCACCAAAUUGUGCUGGAGCAUCCACAAGUGUGGAAGUUUAUCUGCCCAGAAUUGCUCGAGAUGAGCUCCAUAGCCACUCAAGAGCUCUUGUGGACAGACAAAAGGCCAGCUGAAUGGAAAUCCGGCUGGUUCAAGCGUCAUUUGCAUGCGGCUCUUGUGGCAUCUGCUUUCGAGUCAAUUGUGGUCACCAUUGGCCCACCUGAUCCACUGGGCCUUCCUCGCAUGCCAGAAGCAGAUGACAAUUUUUUGAUCCUCAAAGUAGAAGGCCCGCAACUAGGGUCUAGCUACGUUCCCUUGGCCAAUGCCGUCAUCACAUGGCCGAUAGUGAUUGGCUCUGCCAUCUCGCGUCAGAUCAUCUGUCUGAUUCUUCAAGGCGAUCACUUUUACCUUGCUGAGGCGCCAUCAGACAUUGUCUUCAGCUCAGAGCUCAGGAACAACCAGGUGCUUGAAGCUGCUCGCAUGCGUCUCCAUGAGCUUGCACGUACUGAUCAGAACGUCAUGAGGGCUCAAGUUGCGCAAGAUGUGUUUAUGGAGUCGGGCAAUUACAAGGUCUGA